AUGGCGAGGUUUUUCAAUGUUUUCUCGUUGAGGAACUUACUAGUGCUGUCUCUAGCUCUUAAUGUGAGCUUGAUUUUGAGAGUGCUGUAUGAGAAAGACUCCGAAGUCAUGAAUGGGCUCUGUCUGGACAAGAAGAGAGAGACAUUAAUGGCUACUGACAGUGUGCCUAGUGAGGCACAAGCUACUGAGACGGUAUAUCUGUCUAUGCCCUCUUUUUCUUCUUCCUCUACAGCGGAUAGCAAUGGCGGGGACAGAAUAAUCAAUCUUGAUCAUGGCGAUCCGACAAUGUACGAGAGAUUUUGGCAACAAGCAGGUGACAAAUCCACCAUUAUGAUUCCUGGUUGGCAAUCUAUGAGCUACUUCUCUGAUGCUGGGAGCCUUUGCUGGUUUUUAGAGCCAGAGUUUGCCAAGGAGAUAAUUAGACUGCACAAAAGAGUUGGGAAUGCAGUCACCAAGGACCGUUACAUUGUUGUUGGGACAGGUUCUACUCAGCUUUAUCAAGCUGAUGCAGUGGAACCCCUUAGUGUUGUAUCUGCGUCCCCUUACUACUCUUCUUAUCCAUUAAUCACUGACUGCCUGAAGUCAGGGCUUUAUAAAUGGGCUGGUGAUGCACAGAGUUUCAAUAGAGAGGGACCAUUUAUUGAACUCGUUACCUCCCCUAAUAAUCCAGAUGGAUACGUCAGGCAGUCUGUCGUCAACAAAAGUGGGGGCAUCUUGGUUCAUGAUCUUGCAUAUUAUUGGCCACAAUACUCGCCAAUAGAUGCUGUUGCUGAUCAUGACAUUAUGCUCUUCACUGUGUCGAAAAGCACAGGACAUGCUGGGAUGCGCAUUGGCUGGGCUCUUGUCAAGGAUGAAGAAGUAGCCAAAAAGAUGGUGAAGUUCAUAGAGCUCAACACAAUCGGCGUGUCAAGGGAUUCGCAGCUUCGAGCAGCUAAAGUGCUGCAAGUUGUGACUGAUGGCUGCGAAUAUCCUACCAGCCUCAGGUCCCUCUUUGAUUUUGCUGCCCACCUCAUGGAAGAGAGGUGGAAGUUAUUGAGAGCUGCAGUUAGGCAAAGUAGUCUCUUCACUUUGCCUGAGUUUUCCCCUGGAUCAUGCGGUUUUCUCAACAGAUCCUUUGAACCUCGACCUGCUUUUGCGUGGUUAAAAUGCGAAGAACCAAUAGAAGACUGCGAAGGCUUUCUCCGAUCUAACAAUAUCUUAACUAGAAGUGGUAAACACUUCGGUGUUGGCCCACAUUAUGUUAGGAUAAGUAUGCUAGAUCGAGAUGAAACCUUCUAUAUAUUUGUAGAGAGAUUAUCCACCAUCCACCUGCGACAAUCCAGACAAGUAAAUGAGACGGGGGAAUAG